AUAACGGGUACUGUCAUGUGUGGUCGUCUAUAAAAGAUUACUUCUUAGGCGCACUACUUCUUAACUCACUCUAUGCUGAGACCAGGGCCACAAGAUGAUGCUUCCACUAUUGCUCUGUGCCCUGUUUCUGGGUUUGCUUCCAGCAGAAGCUGCUCCAGAGGCAGAUCAAAUCUUCGGUCUCCCCGGUCUAAAUAAUGAACCCUCAUUUCGACAGUUUUCUGGAUUUCUCAAUGCAUCAGAAGGAAAAUACUUCCAUUAUUGGUUUGUGGAGUGUCAGGAUGAUCCCAGGUUUUGUCCUUUGGUCUUGUGGCUGAAUGGAGGCCCCGGAUGCAGCAGCCUUGCUGGUUUGUUAACUGAGCACGGUCCUUUCCUGAUUCAUUCAGAUGGCAGUACCCUGAUGUACAACACACAUUCCUGGAAUAAGAUUGCAAAUGUUCUGUAUCUGGAAUCUCCUGCUGGAGUUGGAUUUUCCUAUUCUGAUGACAAAAAAUAUAUGACAGGUGAUGAAGAGACUGCUCAGGAUAACUACAUGGCAUUGAGAGAUUUUUUUCACCGGUACCCAGAGUUCUCUAAAAAUGAUCUUUAUCUGACAGGGGAGAGUUAUGGGGGGUUUUAUGUCCCUGCUUUGGCAGUGAAAGUGAAAGAGGACAGCAGUAUGAACUUGAAGGGCCUUGCUAUAGGAAAUGGGGUAACAGAUAAUAAAAUGGACAGCCACUCCUCAAUAUAUUUUUCAUAUUACCAUGGUCUAAUCGAUAUAAGCGGGUGGUCACUAAUGGAGGCUGCUUGCUGUAAAAGGAGACGUUGCAAUUUUUUUAAUCCCAGAAAUAAGCAAUGCUCGAAUGCGGUCAAUGAAGCCUUUUCUAAGGCAAACAGCGACAAGCUGAAUAUUUAUAAUAUUUAUCAGCCAUGUUUGGAGGGAGAACCUGGUGAGAUCAGAGACUACGGAGACCAUAUUAAAGCCUAUCUUCCUGGUAUAAUGUCUGUUGAGAGUCAUUCCCAAUUCAGUAAGAGGUUGAGGGAAAUGUCUCAGUUAAACAAGACAAUAUCACUGGGUGUUCCCUGUAUGAAUGACUCAGACAUUACUACCUACCUGAACAACCCAGAGGUGCGGUCAGCAUUACACAUCCCAAAUCAACUUCCCCGCUGGGAGGUGUGCAAUGACGAAGUGUUUUAUACCUUUCAAAGAGAGAUGGAAGAUGCACGUAGUCAAUACCUCCAGGUCCUGGAUGAGAAGAAGUACCGCAUCCUGGUGUACAGUGGAGAUGUAGACAUGGCAUGUAACUUUCUGGGUGCUGAGUGGUUUGUGCAUUCGCUUGCUCAGAAGUCAGAGAAAUUCUACCAACCUUGGAUGUACAAAGAUGGAGAUCAAUUACAGAUUGCUGGUUAUGCCAAACAAUAUGCCAACCUGACCUUCUUAACUGUAAAGGGCGCCGGUCACAUGGUGCCAACGGACAAGCCUUUACAAGCAUUUCAAAUGUUCAGACGAUUCAUCAAUAAUGAGCCCUUCUAGACCUCAAGUUCCCAGUCAGGGCAUACAUUUACCACUCUGGACUGCUUCACUGCUACUGUUCAGAUGUAGCAGAUAGUAUGCUUUAACUCACUAUGAUGGUUAAAGGGGUUUUCUGGGAGAUUUAAAAUUGAGGACCUAUCCUUAGAAUAAAAAAUAUAGAUUGGCCACUCUAACAGUCGGGACCACUAAGAAGCUGUUUAAAUAAAAGAUCAAAGUUUAUUAAAAGUACUAAAGAUAAAAAUAUAUAAAUCAAAUAACAUUAAUGAUCUAAAAAAUAUUGCAUACACAGAUGACGUCCACUAAUGAAUGGAUAACCCCCUCUGUGUAUAACUAUUGAUUGCUAAAACUCCAAAAAUGCAUGAAUAGUGAAAAAGAGAUAAUAUUUUAUCAAUAAAAAUGUAUAUAUUAUAUAGCUUAAUUCCACAUUAAAUAAGCUGAUGUUUAAAAAUAAAAUUGCAAUAAAUAGCUGUCUAAUGUUGUUCCAUACAGCAGUCUUCAAUGUGUCUAAUCCUGUUUUUAAACACUCUUUGGUAACAUACCGAUUUAUGUGGAUAUCUUUGAUGUAUUGUACUGCAGUAUAGAUGUGGUACCGUAGUCACUUGCACAAUAUAGCAGAGUGUUGAAGUCUGGAAUGUCCUUUAUUGGUUUAAGCCAGUAAGUGCCUCUUUCCAAAUAAUG